CGGCAUCCUUUGCGCCGUCUCCGCGCUAGUCCUGGCGUCCUCCGCGGCGUGUGGUCGCUGCUGCCAGGCGUGGAGCAGCGUCCCUCUCGCCCGCCUCAGGGACUGCAGCGGGAGAUGGCGGCCCAGAAAAUAAACGAGGGGCUGGAGCACCUGGCCAAGGCAGAGAAAUACCUCAAAACUGGUUUUUUAAAGUGGAAGCCAGACUAUGACAGUGCUGCUUCGGAGUACGGAAAAGCAGCUGUUGCUUUUAAAAAUGCCAAACAGUUUGAACAAGCAAAAGAUGCCUGUCUGAGGGAAGCUGUGGCCCAUGAAAAUAAUAGGGCUCUUUUUCAUGCUGCCAAAGCCUAUGAGCAAGCUGGCAUGAUGCUGAAGGAGAUGCAGAGGCUGCCAGAGGCCGUCCAGCUGAUCGAGAAGGCCAGCACGAUGUACCUGGAGAACGGUACCCCUGACACGGCCGCCAUGGCCCUGGAGCGCGCUGGGAAGCUUAUAGAAAAUGUAGAUCCUGAGAAGGCUGUACAGUUAUACCAACAGACAGCUAAUGUGUUUGAAAACGAGGAGCGCCUGCGGCAGGCUGUUGAAUUGCUGGGGAAAGCCUCGCGGCUGUUGGUUCGAGGACGCAGGUUUGAUGAGGCAGCACUCUCUAUUCAGAAAGAAAAAAAUAUUUAUAAGGAAAUCGAGAAUUACCCCACCUGUUAUAAGAAAACCAUCGCCCAGGUCCUGGUUCACCUGCACAGAAACGACUACGUGGCUGCCGAGAGGUGUGUCCGGGAGAGCUACAGCAUCCCAGGCUUCAGUGGCAGCGAAGACUGCACCGCGCUUGAGCAGCUUCUCGAGGGCUAUGACCAGCAGGACCAGGACCAGGUGUCGGAGGUCUGCAACUCGCCACUCUUCAAGUACAUGGACAAUGACUAUGCCAAACUGGGCCUGAGCUUGGUGGUCCCAGGGGGAGGGGUCAAGAAGAAGUCGCCAGCAGCGCCCCAGGCCAAGCCAGGUGGUGGCACCGCGGCCCCCGAAGAGGAGGAAGAUGAAUAUUCAGGAGGACUGUGCUAGCAUUCUGCUUGCAAAGAGAAAAGGAAGACAAAGGGAAGAUUCUGACAUACCAUUUUUGUGGACCUGGAACUCACUGAAAGUUACACUUCCUUGAGAUGGUGAUUUUUGAGUGGAAACCGCUAUGGCCCGAAGGAGCAGGGGAGCCAGGGGACACCCCUGUGGCCUGUUCCCAUCGCCCAGGUAGAGAUGAUUCGUAGUUACCGUUUCCCAAAUCAGCUCUUGGAUCUACUAUUGGGAAGCAUUUUUUUCCUUUCUUUUGUAAGAACAGGAAUAGCAAAAAAUGUACUGUCACCUUUUAGUACAGUUGAUUUUUAAAUUUGCAAGCUAAAUUCAAGACAAAUCACACCCUAAGCAAAAGGACUGGUAGACAUGGGUACUCUUCUUGUGUUCCUGUGAUUUAUUGUAUGAGGAUUUUGUUUGUAUUUUAUUUAAUAUUGCUGCUAAAAGUGAAGUUGCCCACUAGAACAAUUAUUACGUUAAGAACUUACCUUAUUUUGAAAAGGAAAUUUAUCUCCCGUAAUUGUAGGUACAUUUAAAUUUUAAAUAUUUUCAGAGACAAAAUCCAGAUGAAGCAGUUUUGAGACGUAGGGUAUUUAGCCCAAUGAAAGGUGCACAUAAGCUUUUUCUGUGUUAAUGCACACACUUUUGAAGGCAUUCUCUUAAGAGGGUUCUGCUGUUCCCAGUGUUCUCCGCGGUGUGGGGGACUCUGGCCACCCAAGAGCGCAGUGACGGUCCUGCUGGGCUCUGACCAUGUGGACCAGUGUCUGUGUGCUCUGAGGAAGAGUCUGUGUCCAGUCCGUCGUCUAGCACAACCCGCCUCCUCAAUGGAAGGGCUGCGACGAGACCACGCGUGCACAUGGAGAGAGCUGACCACAGAGGUUCGGCUGGAAGGGGCGAAUUGAUUUUGAGAGACAUGUAGAACUGGGUUCUAGCACUCUCAGUCUUGGUGGUUUCCUGACAGGAUAGUUUUGAAGCAUUCCUUUGACACCCUGUGUGGCGUAGCCCUGCCUUGUCCCCUGUCACCAAGAAGGAGGCUGGACGGCAGCAGUCCUGCAGGUUCUUAGUCCUGCAGGCUCUGCCGCGAAGCCAGCUUCCCCUCCACUCAGGCCAAACCCACCCUGCUUUGUCUUGCUGGGUGUCCUGAGACCCUCAGAAGGGGUGCUCGGGACCUGGUCACAGCUCUGCUCCGGGACACGCCAUCCCUGCAGUGUAGGUGAGGUUAGCACGGCUUCGCUGAGGGGCUCCCACCAGCCUAGCGGAGCUUGUUCUCCCUUCUGCCGCCUGCCCAGGCCUUCAGGGGCAGCUCACUUGUAUUCAUUGUACUGAGGUGGUGACCAUGAAUCUGACCACUGAAGCAUUUUUGUUUAAGGGAAGCUAAGCUUUCAGCGACCCCCUCACUGCCACAUGCACCCUGUAGGUCCCAUGAGAAACUUGGGACGUCCUUUGCCAAGGCCUCUUGAGCAAGCUAGUUCUCCGUGUGAGCAGGCUGCUGGUACUCACAGAUGCGUCGGCUGCCUCUUCACGAGCUGAGACUCCUUACAACCUGGGGUCGGGAGUGCUUGGAUUUACACACUGAAGACAGGGUGAUGGGCACAGGCCACAGGGGUGUCCCCUGGCUCCCCUGCUCCUUGGGGCCACAGAGCGGUUUCCAGAGUGUGCUGCUGUGUCAGGGUUGUCCUGGUGUCCACGAGAGCUUUUGUUCCACACCUACACGUUUUAUUUUUCCAUCCGGAUAGUUCUCCUGAGAGCAUAGUCAGAAAAUGAUGUUUACAACAAGAAUAGUUGUGUUCUAGAACUCUAGUGUCCGCACUUUACCAAAAUGAAAGUCUGCAUGAGUGUGUUGAGAAUCUAGUUUCUGUUCUAUAUAGCGAGUAGCACCCAAUGAACAUUUAAUAUAUUGAAUUUAUUUGUACAUGUGCAGAGUAUGGUAUUUGCGUAUGGAAUCUUACGCUCUAGUCCUAUUUUUUCCCAGCUCUUUGACAUUAAAUGUGUUGUUACAGAAAUACAUUAUUGCUUCUAUAAAGAAGAUAAUUAUGAAAAUAAAAUCUGAAACCACAUAGUC